AUGAUUCGAGUUGUGAGUUUACACAUGAACAGCAAAGUUUUCCUUCACAUCAACAAUGUUUAUGACUACCUCGCUACUGCCCGUUAUUUUCUCGUUACGAUCUCGCUAAUAUCUCGUUAUUUUCUCGCUACUGUCUCGCUACUGUCCCGUGAUUUUCUCGUUACUAUCUCGCUACUGUCCCGUUAUUUUCUCGUUACUGUCUCGCUACUGUCCCGUUAUUUUCUCGUUACUAUCUCGCUACUGUCCCGUUAUUUUCUCGUUACUAUCUCGCUACUGUCCCGUUAUUUUCUUAUUACUAUCUCGCUACUGUCCCGUUAUUUUCUUGUUACUAUCUCGCUACUGUCCCGUUAUUUUCUUGUUACUAUCUCGCUACUGUCCCGUUAUUUUCUUGUUACUAUCUCGUUACUGUCCCGUUAUUUUCUUGUUACUAUGUCGUUACUGUCCCGUUAUUUUCUUGUUACUAUCUCGCUACUGUCCCGUUAUUUUCUUGUUACUAUCUCGUUACUGUCCCGUUAUUUUCUUGUUACUAUGUCGUUACUGUCCCGUUAUUUUCUUGUUACUAUCUCGUUACUGUCCUGUUAUUUUCUUGUUACUAUCGCUACUGUCCCGUUAUUUUCUUGUUACUAUCUCGCUACUGUCCCGUUAUUUUCUUGUUACUAUCUCGCUACUGUCCCGUUAUUUUCUUGUUACUAUCUCGCUACUGUCCCGUUAUUUUCUUGUUACUAUCUCGCUACUGUCCCGUUAUUUUCUCGCCAUUAUCUCGCUAUUAACCUUACCUCGCUCCUAUCUGGUUAUUUUCUCGCUGCUUUUUCGUUACAAUCUGGUUAUUUUCUCGCUACGUCCUUGAUAUCUAUCUCGCUACUAUCACGUUACUAUAUUGUUAUUUUCUCGCUACUGUCUAUCUCAUUACUACCACGUUACUAUCUCGCUACUAUCUCGUUAUUUUCUCGCUACUACGUUAUUUUUCCUUUACUAUCUUAUAAGAGUAUGUACAUAAUUCAGCUGCUAUCUAUCUAUCUAUCUAUCUAUCUAUCUAUCUAUCUAUAUCUAACCUGUUCAUAUCUAUCUAUCUAUCUAUCUAUCUAUUUAUCUAUCUAUCUAAGUCUCCUGUUCAUAUCUAUCUAUCUAUCUAUCUAUCUAUCUAUCUAUCUAUCUAUCUAUCUAUCUAUCUAUCUAUCCUUUGAGAUCAAUGUCUUUUGCGAAUUGUAG